UCCUCCACCUCGGACACCUUCCAUUCCAUCUGCACACGCAACCCCUGGUCUAGCCGGAUGAGUUACCACCCGGUGGACACGAUAGGGAGUCCAUUCAGGAGAAGUAUGGAUAGUAGGACCACCUACGGCCGCUCCACUGGCACCCCUUCCAGCGGGUUCCGUUCUCAGUCCUGGUCCCGGGCAAGCCCAGGCUCCACGAUGACCUCCUCCUACAAGAGGAGCGUCAAUAUGCCGGUAGCCAGAGCGUACAGCUCCACACUCCUCAGCUCCGCCGACAGCGUUGAUUUCAAUCAAACGAACGGAGACUACAAGCGCUCCAACGAGAAAGAGCAGCUCCAGGGGCUCAACGACCGCUUCGCCGGUUACAUCGACAAGGUGCACUACCUGGAGCAGCAGAACAGCCAGAUUGAAGAGGAGAUCCAGACGCUGCGGCAGAAGCAGGUGUCACAAUCCCAGCUAGGCGAUUUAUACGACCAGGAACUCCAGGAGCUGCGCUCCAUGCUUGAGCAGAUUCACCACGAUAAAGCGCAGAUCCAGCUCGACACAGACCACAUCGAGGAGGACAUCCAGAUAAUUAGGGGCCGUUUCGAUGAGGAAGCCCGCAUCAGGGAUGAGACGGAAGGCAUCAUCCGGGCGUUGAAAAAAGAUAUGACCGACUCUGAUUUGGUGAAGUCAGAGUUUGCGAAGAAAGUUCAGUCACUGCAUGACGAGAUUGCCUUUAUCCGCAACAACCACGAAGAAGAGGUGAGCGACCUGUUCGCCCAGGUGCAGGCGUCGCAGGUGACCAUGGAGAGGAAAGAUAUCCAGAAGACGGACAUCACCGAGGCGCUGCGGGAGAUCCGCACCCAGCUCGAGGGCCACUCCAACCAGAACCUGCAGCAGGUGGAGGACUGGUUCAUGUGCCGCUAUUCCAAGCUCACUGAUGCUGCGGCACAAAACAAAGAUGCAAUCAAGUUCGCCCGUGAUGAGAUAGCAGACUACCGUCGCCAGCUUCAGUCCAAGACCGUGGAGUUAGAGUCCGUCCGUGGAACCAGGGAGUCACUGGAGAGGCAGUUGAAUGACAUCGAGGACCGACACAACAACGACCUGUCCAGCCUGCAGGAGACCAUCCACCAGCUGGAUAAUGAGCUCAAGGGCACAAAGUGGGAGAUGGCGCGUCAUCUGCGUGAGUACCAGGACCUGCUCAAUGUCAAGAUGGCCCUCGACAUUGAGAUUGCUGCGUACAGGAAACUCCUAGAAGGUGAAGAGACCCACUUUAGCACUUUCCCCUACCGCCACACCGUCACCUCCUCUAAGAAGUCCAAGUAUGAGCCUCCCAAACUGAAAGUCCAGCAUAAGUUUGUAGAGGAGAUCACCGAGGAGACCAGGGUAGAGGAUGAGAAGGAUGAGAUGGACCAGGCCCUGGCUGAGAUGGCCCAGGAGUUUUCUGCCACUCUGGAGGCAGAGGCAACAGAUGAAGGAGAGGAUGAGGGAGAAGAGGGAGGAGAAGAAGCCGAGGGAGAAGGGGGAGAGGGUGAAUCAGAAGAGGUUGUAGCCUCCACUUAUGCCCAAGUUAGCUCCAGCACACCUGCUGAGGACGAAGAGGAGGACAAAGAAGGUGAUGAUGAAGAGGAAGAGGGAGAAAAAGAAGAAGAGGGUGAGAAAGGAGAAGAGGUUGAGGGUGAGAAGGGAGAUGAUACAGAAGGUGGUGAUGAGGGAGAAGGAGAGGGGGAAUUAGAGGAGACAGUCCUGUGCUCUAAAGCCCCAGAAUCAAAGUCCUCUCCUGACAAAGAGAAGGCUGGAGAGAAGGAGGGAAGCGGAGGAGAAGAGGAGACAGGAGAGGGAGAGGGAGAAGAGGAGGGUGAUGAUCAAGAUGAAGAUGCAGGUAGUGACAAAGGAUCCAAAGAUGGAGAUGAUAAGGAUGAGGAAGAUGAGGAGAAAGGAAAGGAUGAGAAAGAAGACAAAACAGAUGAGAAGGCAGCUGUAGCCAAGACAGAGGCUCCCAAAACAGAAGCCCCCAAGAGUGAGUCCCGGAAAGUUGAGGUCCAGAAAUCUGAGUCACCAAAGCCCUCCAAGCCAGACUCCCUAAAAGCUGAAUCCCCAAAGGCUGGGUCCCCCAAGUCUGAGAUCCCAAAAGCUGGAUCCCCCAAACAUGAAUCUCCCAAAGCUGUAACCCCCAAAUCUGAAUCUCCAAUACCUGGCUCCCCAAAAUCUGAAUCUCCAAAACCUGCUGGAUCCCCCAAAUCUGAAUCCCCAAAACCUGCUGGAUCCCCCAAAUCUGAAUCCCCAAAACCUUCUGGAUCCCCCAAAUCUGAAUCCCCAAAACCUGGAUCCCCUAAAUCUGAAUCCCCAAAACCUGGCUCCCCCAAAUCUGAAUCCCCAAAACCUGCUGGAUCCCCCAAAUCUGAAUCCCCAAAACCUGCUGCAUCCCCCAAAUCUGAAUCCCCAAAACCUUCUGGAUCCCCCAAAUCUGAAUCCCCAAAACCUUCUGGAUCCCCUCAAUCUGAAUCCCCAAAACCUGCUGGAUCCCCUAAAUCUGAAUCCCCAAAACUUGCUGGAUCCCCCAAAUCUGAAUCCCCAAAACCUGCUGGAUCCCCCAAAUCUGAAUCCCCAAAACCUUCUGGAUCCCCCACAUCUGAAUACCCAAAACCUGCUGGAUCCCCUAAAUCUGAAUCCCCAAAACUUGCUGGAUCCCCUAAAUCUGAAUCCCCAAAACCUGCGGGAUCCCCUACUUCUGAAUCCCCCAAAUCUGCUGGAUCUCCUAAAUCUGAAUCCCCAAAACCUGCUGUCUCCCUCAAAUCUGAAUCCCCCAAAACUACAGGAUCCCCCAAAUCUGAAUCCCCCAAAUUAGGAUCCCCCGAGGCAGAGUCCCCUAAGGGUGAGGCCCCCAAACCAGAAGCUCCAAUAUCAGAGGCCCCCAUGGCUGCAGAAGAGAAAGUAGACCAAAAGAGUCAUUCAGAGGAAGAGAAGGAGGUAGAAAAGAAAGACGCAGCCAUGAACGGAGAGGUGGAGAAGAUUACCCCAGAGGACAAGGACAAGAAGGAUGAGGGUGGGAAAGAGGCAGAGGAGAAGGAUGUUAUCUCAAAUGGAGUGGACGAGAGCCCCACUAAAGAUGACCCGGACCAGAAAGAUGAUCCAAAGGACCAGAAGGUGGUCAUCACCAAAACGGUGGAGACCAUCACCACUGGAGAGGACGGGGCCAAGCAUGUCACCAAAUCGGUCACUGUCACCGAGACUGUGAAUGAGUCUGAGGAUGUGAUGCAGGAGAAGACAGUCUCCAGCAAGAAGAUGGAGAAACACUCUUCCCAGUCCGUCAAGGUGGUGACUGAAACUGAGUAACUGCGCUCCAUCCAACCCACUCAGGAGGAACAAAGUUAACACGACAACAAGCAAUCAACCCAGAACUAACAUAACAAAGAAAUCAUAGAGCUAGAGCGAUGUAAUAAAGAAAACCACUCUCAAACAUACAGAAAAGCAACGAGAGAAGGCAUAUGAUGUGACAAAGCUAACGUUUAAAAAGUGCAUGUUGAGAGAAAGCUUUAAAUGGGUUUUGCUGUAGAUUAUAUCAGGAAAAUGUGAUAGUGGGACAGAUUGUUAAUUGUCUUUAUGUUUCCCUGCAGUUCACGGGAGGGCUCACGGGUGGGGGCGUCUGCAUGCUAGCUAAGGGAGGGAGACCCCUCCGCUCUAACCUGUAUGGAUGGAUGGAAGGUUUACAGUUUAGAUGCAUACUGUAUGUGGGUGGGAGAGUGAUAGAAAUGUAUGUUAUUUCAAAUGUUAAUUCAAAAAGGGGUGCCUGGGUUGGAGGGUCCACUUUAGAGACACAUGUUCAAAGGGACUAGCCUUUUUAUGUGAAGAUACCAACUGAGCCAAAAUUACAAUCGUCUACAACACAAUAUAGUGAAGAAUGAGAAAGACGAUGGUGCAAUGUACUGAUGAUCAUAAACAUACAGUACCCGAAGCAACUAAAGCUUUAAGAACCUUGAAGAACCUCUGAGCCUUAAACAUGCUUUUUAUCAGUAUCUAUUAUGUUUACCUAAUGAGUGCAAUUGAAAAUAAAUAUGUAAAUGUGCACACAUACAUUCUUGUAUGCAUAGGAUGGACUUGAAUUUAAAUAGCGAAUUUAAAUGAGGUGCUACAGUUUGCAAUCCCAUGUCUUUACUCAUCAUGAACUAUUUCCCAGCAGCAUUUGCUCAAUAAAUGUCAUA